UCCCCUCGCUCAGCACGCACCAUCAUUUGGGCCAAAAUGCAAUCAAUACAAAGAGAUGGCAUUUCUUAUCUGGCAACCCAACGAGACCAGAUGAGCAGAAACCGUGUACGGUGUCAUCAGAGUGAGUCCUCCAGGUGGGUCCAGGUCCUGGUCUGGGAGCUGCGCAGUGGACAUGCGCGGAGCUGCAGCGAACAUGGCGGCCUGCAUCUGACAGGGUCUCUGCUGGAACCAGCCCGGUCCAACGAGUCUCUUCAGGUCCUGACUUGUGUGACGGGGAUCAUGGGUCGAACACCUCAGAGAGAUCCAAAAGAGGAGAAGAAGGAGAGACGGAGCAGCAUCUCAGCAGGUUCUGCCCUCGACAAAUCCAACGAACCGUUCAGCUGGGAGGAGUACCUGAGGGAAACCUCGUCCUCGGCAGCCUCACCUGCCUGCUUCAGACAGUCCAGAGUCCCGCCCCCCAACGAGUUUAAGUCAGGCAUGAAGCUGGAGGCCCGAGACCCUCGCAACUCCAACUCUGUGUGCAUCGCCACGGUGAUGGGCAUGAUGGGGACGCGCCUGCGCCUGCGUCUAGACGGCAGCGACAACACCAACGACUUCUGGCGCCUCGUGGACGCCGCCGACAUCCAGCCAAUAGGAAGCUGUGAAAGGAGCGGAGACAUGCUGCAGCCCCCGCUGGGUUUCAGGAUGAACGCGUCCUCGUGGCCCAUGUUCCUCCUGAGGACGCUCAGCGGAGCAGAAAUCGCUCCGGCUUCAGCUUUUAAGAAGGAACCUCCCAGUCCCGUUAAAAACCUAUUCCAGCCUGGCAUGAAGCUGGAGGCGGUGGACAGGAAGAACCCGUACCUGAUUUGUCCCGCCACUGUGGGCGAGGUCAGAGGUCAGGAGAUCUUCAUCAUGUUUGACGGCUGGAGAGGAGCCUUCGAUUAUUGGUGCCGCUUCGACUCCAGAGACAUCUUCCCCGUGGGCUGGUGCUCGCUGACCAAACACAGCCUGCAGCCGCCGGGGAACUUCUUCACACUUCCUGGUGCGCUCCUCGCCCCGGUCUCCUCCACCUCGGUGGCUCGUCGUCCCUCCUUCACCUCCUCUUCGUCGUCCUCCUCCUCCUCCAUGCAGACCUCGUACCGCCUGCCCAAUCCCCUGCCUCCCCUCCCCGUCCGCAAGGGGGUCCGAGGUCGGCGCCCCAAGUCUCAGACCAUCGCUCUGCUGAAGGCGGCGGCGGAGGCGGCGGUAAACGGGCAGAGUCCGACUCCUGAACCUCAGCUGACCCCAAAACCUCACAAGAAGAGGGGCCCCAAGCCCAAAAACAAGUGCGAUCAGAACACGGGAUCCGUUACGUGAAGCUGCCCUCGGCCUCCAGCGCCUCGUCCGUGCUGCGCUUCCUGGAGAACAUGUGUCAACAUCUGGAGAGCGACAGCCUGUUCAGCUCGCAGCCGUUCGGCUCCUUCAGCAGCAACACGCGCUUCUACAGCCGAACUAAGUCAGAACCAUCGUCUCUUCCUGAGAAACAAACGUCCAAUGAAGGCUCCUCGAUAGACCCCGCCCCCAGCGCCCGCCCACCUCACAACGCACCGGACUACAGAGCGUCAAAGAGGGAGCGGCCAUUUUACCCAGGGCAAACGCCGCCACCGCUGCGCCGCGUCAGCUCCAACCCCACCGAGCUCGGCCCGAUGAGCACGCACCGACGAGUCGAGGCAGCCAGCUCAACAACCGGUCCGGAUCAGAUGAAACAGGACAAAGAGGGUUCAGGAAACGGCGCCACUUCCUGGUCGGUCGAUGAUGUCAUACGGUUCGUCCAGGAAGCAGAUCCUCAAACCCUCGGCCCGCACGUCGACCUGUUCAGGAAACACGAAAUAGACGGCAGGGCGCUGAUGUUGCUGCGGAGCGAUGUCAUCAUGAAGUACAUGGGCCUGAAGCUGGGCCCGGCUCUGAAACUGUGUCACCACAUCGAGAAGCUGCGACAGAACAAACACUGACAGAACCGUGUUCUCCGGUACUUUCUUAGAACCCAGGUUUUAGGGUUCUGUAAAGGUUCUUUAAAGGUUCUGUAAAGGUUCUGUAAAGGUUCUGAAGCUCAUUCAGGCCUUUAGGUUUGGGUCAAUUUGUAGAAAAGCGAUAAAACAAUGAGAUGAAAAAAGUAAAUACCAAAUUAAAGACUUGGAAA